AUGUCGUCCGAGGGUGUCACUGUCACUGGUGCCGAGGAGUACCCGGUGUUCGAGUCGUUCGACGACUACGAGCUGGACGAGAACUUGCUGCGCGGCAUUUAUUCGUACGGCUUCGAGAAGCCAAGUGCGAUUCAGCAGCGUGGCAUCAAGCCUAUUCUCGAUGGUCGUGACACCAUCGGGCAGGCUCAGUCUGGAACGGGCAAGACGGCAACCUUUGUCAUCGGCUCGCUCCAGCGCAUCAAUUACGGCGAACGCCACACACAGGCCUUGAUCUUGGCACCCACACGCGAACUGGCCAACCAGAUCUACAAAGUUGCCUUGGCUCUGGGCGACUACUUGAAGGUCAGGGCUCACGCUUGCAUUGGAGGUACGUCCAUCCAGGAGGACAAAGACAAGCUCCGUGAUGGACAACACCUUGUGGUCGGCACGCCAGGCCGUGUGUACGACAUGGUCAACAAGCGACACCUGAACGUAGACUACCUGAAGGUCUUCGUCCUGGACGAAGCCGACGAGCUCAUGUCUCGAGGCUUCAAGGACCAGAUCUAUGACAUCUUCAAGUGCUUGCCUCCAGACGUGCAGGUGUGCCUUUUCUCUGCCACCAUGGCUCCAGAAAUUCUGGACAUGACAACGAAGUUCAUGCGCAACGCGGUACGCAUUCUGGUCAAGAAAGAUGAAUUGACCUUGGAAGGUAUCCGCCAGUUCUACGUGGCAAUUGAGAAGGAGGAGUGGAAGGUUGACACGCUCUGCGACUUGUACGAGACACUGACCAUCACACAGGCAAUUAUCUACUGCAACACCCGCCGCAAGGUGGACUUUUUGCAGGAUCAGCUGACCAAGCGGGACUUCACUGUGUCCUGCAUGCACGCUGACUUGGACCAGAAGGACAACUCGCCGGGGGAAAGCGUCUUGCUGGCUGAGCCGCAGAAUCUUCCAGAAGCGUAA